CUCCUGCGGAAUGAUCUCGACUUCCCCGGCAGUAGCACUUCUCAGAACCCCUUGCGCUUUUCUGGGGGAAAUACUCCUUAUUUUGCGGGCCCGAACGUGAAUGGUAUAGAUAACGGGGUACCAGCUCAAUGCACCGUCCAGCAAGCUGCGUAUGUCGUUAGACAUGGUAGCAGGUACUCCAACUUAUUCCCUGAUACCGGCUCAUACAAUGCCUGGAUCCAAGCUGCAGUCAAAGAAGAGGGAUUUCAGGCCCGCGGAUCCCUCCGCUUCAUCCCAGAUUGGAAACCGGCCUUGACAAAUCCGACGCUGCAAAUAGCGCAGGAAUCCAUGACCGGCUGGAAAGAGGCUCAUGAUCUUGGAUACCAGCUUCGUGCGCGAUACCCGGACUUCUAUGAGGAUGGAAACCCGUUCUACGUAUGGGCCAACCAAUAUGCGUUCCCUAUCAACGAGUCGCGAGUCGUCCAAACGGCUCGUGCUUUCGUCGAUGGCUAUCUGUACGAGUUUGCAGAUGAAUAUGGGACCGUCGUCAGUGUGAACAGUACAGGCUCUGUCAAUGCCAUAGGCAACUCUCUCGGGCCUUCUGAUGCGUGUCCCAAAGCCGCCGCAACGUCCAGUGGGCGGAAUAAUGUUACAAACUGGGACGCUACAUGGACUCCCAAAACGGUGAAGCGUCUCAAUAACCUUGUCAGCGGAAACCUUACCUUCACCGAGUCAGACAUCACAUUCUUUCCAUAUCUGUGCGCCUUCGAGAGCCAGAUCACUGGCCGCUUGAGCCCGUGGUGCAAUGUUUUCACCGAGGACGAACUUCGCAACUACGCCUAUUCGCAGGACCUGAGCUACUAUUACAGUGUAGGGCCCGGCUCUGACGGGCCGGCCAGCAAGCUCUUCUUGCCGUUCCUGCAAAGCCUGCUGUCCCUGCUUGAAAAGGGGCCCGGCCAGACCGGAACCAGUGCAGAUGGUGGUGAGUUUGCAGUGCCUAAUCUGAUAAUGGCUUUUCUGAACGACAAUCAAAUUGCCGAGAUGACGGCCGCCAUGGGGAUCUUCGAGAGUGAGGAUCCGCUGCCGGAUACUCAUAUCCCAGCUGACCAUUUGUAUAAUGUGGCCCAUUUUAUCACCAUGCGCGGCACUGUUACGUUCGAGAACUUGAGGUGUGAAGGCUCUUACAAGCAUCAGAGUGGCCAGGAGACCUAUCUCAGAGUGCUUCUCAAUGAUGCCGUCUACCCAAUCCCCAACUGCCAGGACGGACCCGGAAGAAGCUGCCUGCUGUCCGAAUAUGUGUCCAUGGUUGAAAAGAAGAGUAAGGCUGCAGGCAGCUUCAUCGAUUUUUGCAAUGUAACGGAGACUGGACACCCCACGACGGUAGCGGGGGCAAGCUUCUUUACCGAUCUUUCCCAGGAUUUCUUGACUUUUGUCAAGCCUUGA